AUGUCGCUUCUUGGCAAGACGUUCGUCAUUACAGGAGGAGCCUCUGGUAUUGGCAAAGCAACUGUCCAGAAGCUUCUGGAGCUUUCUGCUACUGUACACUCCAUCGACAAGUCCAAAAACAUACCUCAAAUUAAUGAGCAUGCCGGAUGCCUCUAUUCAUACGGAGGCGUUGAUAUCAGCGCAAGGCAUGCUGUCAAGGAUACCUUCACCAGCAUUAUGGGGCGAAGCACAAUCCUCAACGGACUAGUCAACUGUGCUGGCAUUCUGAGAACUACUCAGCUUUCUGAGGAAGCCGAUGCUGAUUUUGAAACGCUAUGGAGAGUCAAUGUGCAAGGAACGUGGAACGUGGGCACGGAAUUUUAUCGCCACGCAUACCGGGCAUCUGCAAAUGCGCAUUCUGACGAACCUGUGGCGGAGACAGCUGCGGUGGUCAACAUUGCAUCCAUGGCUGGAGUCAAGAGCUAUCCCGGCUUGUCUGCAUACGUGACAAGCAAGCAUGCUGUUGUAGGACUGACUAAGUCUAUGGCGCUGGAAUGGGGACACAAGGGUAUUCGGGUCAACUGUAUUGCUCCUGGCAAGGUGCUGACUCCGAUGGUUCUGCAGCCUCCGCCUAGUAUGCCAGAAAUACAGGCAUCGAAACCUGAUGUGGGUGUCAUAAAGGACGCUCUUAGCGCUGAUGAGAUUGCAGACACAGUUCUGUAUCUGCUAAGUAGUGCUUCUUCUGGUGUCGUCGGUCAAACGAUUGAAGUAAAUGGUGGACACCAACUAUAA